GCCGCCCUCCUUUCCGGGCUCCUGCUGGCGCUCUCCUGCUGGGGGGGACGGCGGCGGCGGGCCGGAGCGCCCCUGGGAGGGUCCGGUUUCAAGGGCGCCACCCCUCUCCCGCAGGCGCGCAGCCCCUUCGCCCCGCGCGAAUCCUGGCGGCGCGCGGCCCGCACAGCCCCGGUGGCGGGCACCUUCGGGCUGCUGAGCGGAGCCCUGCAGGGCUACGAGGUGCUGCACGCCUUGGGCUAUGGCGGCCAGCCUGGCCUGGAGGGACCCUGGCCCUGGUGGGCCUUCCAGCUAGGCCUGCGCUUGGGCGAGGUGGGCGUCGCGCUCCCGUUGGCGCUGCUGGGCCUCUACCCCGCGCUCAGCAGCCCCCGUGUGCCGCCGCGCUGCUGGGCCAAGCUCUUCCGCUUGUCCCCGGGCCACGCGGCCCCACUGCUGCCCGGGGGCUGGGUCACCGGGCCCCCAGACAAGGAGCCCCUGGGUGGCGCCAUCGCGCGUGGCGACGCGGAGCUGCUGCAGCUGUGCGCCCUGGCAGGGCCAGGCCCCGACCUCCUACUCCAGGGAGGCGGCUGCCGGGGCUUCGAAGGCGCGGCGGCCAACCCGGCCCCUUCUCCGGCCUCCUCUCCCUGCAGCGAUUACACCGUGGACUUCCGCCCGCCCUCCCCAAUCAACCUGCGGCGCAGCAUUGAGGAGGCCCUCUGCAGCGAGGCCCUGCUCACGCCCGGCCUCUUCCAGGGCCCCGCCUUCGGGGAAGCCCUGCCUGGGCUCGGCCUCUACCGCACCACCUCUUUGGUGGCGAGGACGGGGGCUGGGCCCAAUGGGAGGUCUGAGGAGGCCCCUGGCUUCCCCGUGCCCCAGGAGCCCCCCUCUCCCGGGGCCUGGCCUGCGGGCAGCAGUGCCUCUUCCGGUUCGCUGUGCGGACUUUCGCGGGACAGCUCGUCCAUGCUGCUAUGCUCCAGCCCCGACAGGCCCCCACGCUGUCCGCUGGUCUGCGUCCUCAGUCCCCCGCGGCCCUCAGGAUGCAGCCCUAGCCUCCCGGGCUCAGGCUCCUACCAGGCCCUGUCCCCACCCUCCCGCGACUCCCCAGAGCCUACUCCUGAGCUGCAGGCCGCGGAGGCUUUGCUGCAGGAGCAAUUCCUGGACGCCUGUCGACAGAUCGACGAGCUGAGUGUGGGCAGCGACACUAUAGACCUGUGAAGAGGCGGCCCCCGGCUGCCCCAGCUUACGCCCCCUCCUGGCGCCUGCUCUGCCCGAGACCUGCACACUGUAACCCUUCCCCAGUCCUGCCUGGCUCAGAUACCUCUCCCAGCUUUCUUCCCCACCCAGGGGUCCCUGGGCGGGUGGGUCAGCAGCCAGGCUCUGUUGAUUGGGGUUAGUGCCACCUCCUCUGGUGCCCUGGGCGCGGAUUCCCUCAGCUGCAAUUCUAGGCUGGCAGGGGUCCCACUUUCCUUGGCAUUCACCAGCAAUAAAGCUCCAAGGUGCUCCACUCCCGACCACCACUCCCCACUCUGGUGCUGAGUGAGAGGGGCUGUCCCUCAGAGGACCUCGAGACUGGCUUCGGUCCCCACACCCACCUGUGCCAUGCCCAGGAAUCCCAUUCCUGUGUGAGUGAGACUCCCUGUCCUCCACAUGAUCCUUCCCCAGAGAAGGGUCCAUGGCCCAUCGAGGAGACUCCACAGCAGUUGGGUGGGAGGUGAGCGCUUUCAGAGUUAAUUUAUCAAUAAAAUAUUUUCAGAG